GGAAGCUCCGCCCACACGCGCUCAUUGAACUUUCAUUAUUUGCAUCAAGCACCCGCACAUCCACUUUUACUUUCAAGCUCUUCGGUUCAACAGGGCACUUUCUGUUCGUCAAGAUGCGCGACGCGCUCAUCGGUUUGUGCAUUGGGAUUAUACUGUUACUAAACAGUGGGUUUGUUGUAAUGAGGAGGCAGGACUCGUCUUCAGCUCUUGGCAGUAUUUUCCGUACGAGGUGCGCCGCCAGGUGCCUGAGCCUUCACAGCACGCGCAUCGCUCUCUCUCCAAGACAUUUCCAGAGUAAUGGAUCCCUUGGAUGGUGUCAGAGCCAUAAACAGUGUGCAAAGUGCCUGGAGCCAUGCAAAGACUCCUGGGAGUUGAAAGAUGGACCUUGUCGAGAUUUAUGUGAGCAUGCCUUUCCCAAGCGUCAUGGGGAGUGUGUGACGAGCUGUGAGUUCCUGCGAUCAGUGAUGGUGGUGAAACAGGGUGACUGUCCCCCACCAGAAAGAGCCAGCGGGUUUGCAGCCGCCUGUGUGGAAGGAUGUGAGGAAGAUGGAGAGUGUUCAACCCAGAAGAAAUGCUGCCCAAACGGCUGUGGACACACAUGCCAGUCACCUAAGAACCUCUAUAGGGGUGCUCCUCUAAAGCCCAGGAAGGAGCUGGUCUUUGAGGAGCUGGAGUCUGGUGUGCUGGAAGUGCGCUGGUCCUCCAAGUUUAAUGUGUCAGCGGAGCCGGUGCUGAAUGUUCUGCAGAGGAGGUGGAACUAUGGCAUCCACCCCAGUGAGGAUGGAGCCACUGAGUGGCAAGUGGUGGCACGGACAUCAGAAGAGCGUGUGUGGUUGACAGACAUUCGACCCGGUCGCUGGUACCAGUUCAGAGUGGCAGCAGUCAAUGUUCAUGGAACAAGAGGAUAUACCACCCCCAGCAGACACUUCAGAUCCUCUAAAGAUCCUGCCCCUCCCCCGGCUCCAUCUGAACUUCAUGUCAGCGACAUGACCUUUGGUGCAGAUCGCUCUGUGUCUGUCCGCCUCAGCUGGAGCAUGUCUGCAGAUUUAGACAUUCCUGUUAACCAUUACAAACUCUCCUGGAGCUGGUCUGACCACACAAUGCCACCCAAACUCAAAAGGAGACAGACUGCAAAUGGGGACUCUACCUAUGCUGAGCUGGAUGACUUGGGAGAGAACAGGAGUUACACUGUGGAGUUGCAGGCAGUUUCAUACUGGGGUCAGGUCCCCAUCAAGAGCUCCAAGGCCAUUCUUCAGUUUCCUACAAGCCAAAGACAAUCUGAUUUGGAACCCACAGUCAGCACGGUCUUUAUAAAUCCCCAGUCAGAUCUAUUAGACGUGGGCACUCCGUUCUAUCAAGAUGGACAGCUUCAGGUCCGGGUUUACUGGAAAAAGACAGAUCCCACUGUGAAUCGUUACCGUGUGCAGUGGUCUCCGGAAUUCUGCAGUCACAAUGGAUCCAGAACCCAGGAGAAGCUCAUCACCCAGGAGAAUUUUGCUAGCCUUCCUGGUCUUCAGUUCUCUUGCAAGUAUAAGGUGAUUAUCCAGCCUGUCGGAAUAAAGGGUCGAACCCAGGCGGAAAGCACAAACUUCUACACCCCUUCCUGUGCUACCAUCCAGAGCAAGAGUCCCAAACCCAUCCCCUGCUCUACAGUAUCAGCAGUGGUUCUUCCAAAGGUCCUGGUCAGGGCAGAGAACCUGACGGCAGCGUUCUCGGUCUACAUGGGGAAUGUGACAGGCCUGUUCUCAUGGGUGGUGGCCAUGCCUCAACCACCACAACAGGUCACAGGUUAUCAGGUCACAUGGGCAGAGGUCAUCACAGAGAGCCGCAUAAAUAAUCUGCCCAACAGCCUCAUAUCCCAGUCUCAGAUCCUACCUCCAGAGCGUAAUAUCCUGGUAGUUUCUGGUCUUCAGUUGGCAUCUCUCUACAGGCUUGAGGUGCAGGUGAUCACUACGGGAGGACAAGGCCCAGCAACAUCCAGAACCUUUCAGACACCAGUUCACAGCAGGCCAGUCCUGCACUACAAACCAAGGAUUAAGAAACACCAUCUAAGGUCGGUGAUAGAACGGCACUGAAGACCACACUGCAAUGAAUCAUCCUGGACCAGAACUGACUCCUCAGGAACACAGAGUGUCAGAAGAACCAAAGAAAAGUUAAUUGCAAAUCGUGUUUCAGCCUGAGCCAGUCAGAUGCCUCAGACAGUAACUCAAAAUGGGGACCUGCUGUAAUCUGAAGAUCAAAUUGUGAUUGACGUUAUGAUAUUUAAAGACCCAUUAAUUUCCUGUAGGGAGGAUCAGCUUCCACAAACUAAUUAGUAUUGAAUUUGCAACAAAGACUUGGGCAUCAAAAGCAAAAGCCAUAGGAUAAAACAUAAAGAAAAAUAUAAAGAUAAAGUGCAAAUACGAAAAAAA